AUGCCUGCAGGAACCAGAACUCCACUUCCUCUCUUGAACACCAACUUCUACAGCAGUUCGUGCCCGAAUGUUUCGGCCAUUGUACGUGGAGUGAUGGAGCAGGCCCAGCAGAGCGAUGUCCAGAUCGGGGCCAAGCCCAUCCGCCUCCAUUUCCACGGCUGCUUUGUCCAGGGAUGUGACGGGUUAGAGAGUGAACAAGAUGCUAACCCCAAUGCAGGCUCAGUCACAGGAUUUGAAGUGGCCGACGACAUAAAGGCCGCACUUGAGAACGCUUGCCCUGCCGUGGUGUCAUGUGCUGAUAUUCUAGCCAUCGCGUCCCAAGUGGGCGUCUACAGGCAGGGGGGGUCAGAUUGGGAAGUUGAAUUGGGAAGAAGGGACAGCAGAACAACAAACAAGGCCGAAGCUAACACUGCCCUCCCGAGUCUCUUCGACAACUUCGAUGAAUUGACCCACAGUCUCUCCGCCAUGGGAUUAGACUCCACCGAUGUUGUUGCAUUGUCUGUGGCACACACAUUUGGAAGAGCCCAGUGCGGCACCUUUAGCCCCUGCCUCUACAACUUCAGUGGCACCGGCGGCCCCGACCCCACCCUCGACUCUGCCUUCCUCAACACACUCCGGCAAAUCUGCCCUCCGUCCGACGAUGGUGACACGAUGACGGACCUCGAUUCCUCAUCUCCUGACAGUUUCGACAACAACUACUUCACCAACCUCCAGAACAACCAGGGCCUCCUCCGGACUGACCAGGAGCUCACCUCGGGCGCUACCGACAUAGUCAACUGGUUCGCCGGAAGCCAGAGCGAGUUCUUUGACGCCUUUGCCAGGUCCAUGGUGAAAAUGGGAAGCAGUCGGCCACUAACAGGGAGUUCCGGGGAAAUUAGAGUUUGA